AUGCUGACUCCGGUACAUACGUCGCUGGGUGCUUUGCUGCUCUGGCAAAGCUCCUCCGGCCUUCUGCUUCACAAUGGCGCAGUCUUUGGCAUUUCCUCACUUCUAUCAGGCGCGGUGUUAAACCCGAGCCGAGACAAUAUCCCAAUCAUCGCAGGGCUAAUUUCGAGUGUCGUUCCGGUUUAUCUUCUCGCACCGACGCUGUUACCCAGCUACCCAGCAGCGCCGAACUCGGUGACAUCGCUGUUAGCGACGGUUGGCACCGGCUUUUUGCUUGGUUGGGGAACAAAGAGCGGUCGAGGCUGUACAUCGGGCCAUAUGCUUUGUGGUAUCUCACGUCUGUCGCCGCGCUCAUUGAUCGCAACGGCGAUCUUCUUCACAACCGCUCUGCUGACGGCCAACUUUGUAUCCGAGAUUCCGCCCUGCCCGGCCGGCACUCCUUGCUAUACGCCUGUCUAUCCCUCGAAGUCGGAACUGGCAUUCAUGUUGGGGGCAACAGUCAUCACGUUCUUGGCAAACACACUGGUCAUACCUAGGGUGAUGAACCGUUCAGAAGAGUCGAGGACCAUCUUCUCCUACCUGGCGGGUCUUGAAUUCGGUGUCGGGCUAAUUGUUUCUGGCAUGGCGGAUUCAGCCAAAGUUCUCCAGUUCUUCGGGUUCCUCACCGAUCCGGUUCGAUUCGACCCUUCCCUAGCGCUCGUCAUCCUCUUUGGGGUAGUUCCGUCACUUAUCACAUACUUGUUCUUGAAACCCGGCCAAGGCACAGACCGCAAGGAAGGAAAGCCGGCGAAACCCACUCUCGCGGAAUCUUGGAGGCUUCCCACUACCACAGUGGCUGACAUUGACUGGCAAUUUGUGCUUGGCGCAAUGGUCUUUGGUGCGGUCUGGGGGUUACGAGGAGUAUGCCCAGGUCCCGCAGUCCUGCGUUCAGUGCUGCAGCCAGUGUGGGGAUUUGCAGAAAUGAGUGGCUAUAUGAUUGGCAGCUCAAUAUAA